CUUGUGGGGCUGGGAAAGGAACCGUGCAGACAUCCUGCUUUGCGCCAGUUAAAGGGAAAGCCAGCGAAAGGGACACAGGGAGACCGCGGCUGCUUCCCCAUCCCAGGCAGAAGCAGAGCAGCGGCUCGCGGGGAGCCCGGCCUACGAAGCGUCAGUUCUGUGCAUAACCAGGUGCCUGUGGCAGAGGAACAAAGAGAGGGGGCUCUCACUCCAUUCAGUCUCCCAGGCCCCUAGGGACUGUAUGAACAUGGGCAUGCUUUAGGAAGUGCUCUGUGUAUGGCGUUUCCUUGGAGGAGAACCACUCGCCAGGACUGAGGGGGAUAAAAAGAAGUUAAAGGACAUUCAGGAGGAGCAAAUCGAUUUUUAACAGGAUCACGUCUGAAUUAAAUGGCUGAUAAACAGAUCAGUAGCACUUAGAGUUCCCGAAGGCAGUAGGGGCUGUGCAUACACACGAGGCAAUAGGAGAGUACAUGUAAACGCAGAAUGCGGGCUGAAGUUCAGCUGAAAAUCUGGCGCCAAGAGAGCAGCUCUGCUCUGCAACGUUGAGUGCCCUUCCAGAAUGGCACUGUAUUGUCCCGUACAAAAAGCGCCAAGAAAUGGCUCAGGUUCACCCAUCUGAUCUAUGGGGUGAAAGUUUACCUGCCAAGCUGAUCAAUGGAGGGAUAGCUGGGCUGAUUGGAGUCACCUGUGUAUUUCCCAUUGACUUGGCGAAAACUCGCCUGCAGAACCAGCAAAAUGGCCAGCGGAUGUACACCAGCAUGUCUGACUGCCUCAUUAAGACAAUCCGCUCGGAAGGUUACUUCGGCAUGUACAGAGGGGCUGCGGUGAACCUGACUCUAGUGACACCAGAAAAGGCCAUCAAGCUAGCAGCCAAUGACUUCUUCCGGUAUCAUCUCUCCAAAGAUGGGAAGAAGCUGACGCUGCUGAAGGAGAUGCUGGCCGGCUGCGGGGCGGGCACCUGCCAGGUGAUUGUCACCACUCCCAUGGAGAUGCUCAAAAUCCAGCUGCAGGAUGCAGGCCGAAUUGAGGCCCAGAAGAAGCUAAUGGCAGCACAAGCCCAGCUCUCCUCCACCACUAGUGCUGGGGCAGCGGAGUCGGUAGUGGAGACACGGACCACGGCGACGCAAAUCACCAGGGAACUACUUCGGAGCAAAGGCAUCGCGGGGCUUUACAAGGGCCUUGGGGCCACGCUGCUAAGAGACGUCCCGUUUUCCAUUGUUUACUUCCCGUUGUUUGCGAACCUGAACAAGCUGGGCCAGAAGAGCCCUGACGUCAAAGCCCCAUUCUACGUGUCCUUCCUGUCCGGGUGCCUGGCGGGCAGCACAGCAGCAGUGGCUGUGAAUCCGUGUGAUGUAAUCAAGACAAGGCUGCAGUCCUUGAAAAGGGGAGUGAAUGAGGACACAUACUCAGGAAUCCUAGACUGCACCAGGAAAAUCUGGCAGAAGGAAGGGCCCCUGGCCUUCCUGAAGGGGGCGUACUGCAGAGCCUUGGUCAUUGCCCCACUCUUCGGCAUCGCACAAGUCGUCUAUUUCAUAGGCAUCGCAGAAUUCUUCCUAGACAUGCUUCCAAAGCGCCGGGAUUAACCCUUGUGCGCACUCGCUGCUGGUCAGAAUUCAUCCAGCAUUCGUCGUUGAUGGUGUCCGAGCAACAGCACAAAGGGUUAAAGCAGCAAUCUUGAGGGUGAAGGUCGUCUCCAAACAAAGUCCCUUCUACCUCUCGAUAUGCCCCCACCCCAUCCAGCCCUCCAGGACAAUACUUAAUUAUGCAUAUCUAUUAUUUGUAAUUGUCAUUCUUAAAGACACUGGUUAGCACAGACUGGGCUCACAGUCCCCGGACCUUCUCCCAGCAGUGUGUGGGGGGGAAGAAAUCGACCACACCCUCUGAAUUACCAGGUAGUCAAAAAAGGAGCAAAAGAACCAGACUUUGUUUCCCCAGUCCCUCUUCUGGUAUGCCAGGCUUCUGGGAAGACAAGGCCCCAGCACACCUUCUAAAGGGGGACCCAUAUUGUCAAUAGAGGAAGCAGGUAGAUGCCAUAAUCAAAAAGUUUCUUUAUAAGGACUUAUCCUGAAACCCCCUUAAAAUCAGCUGGACUUGGAUGAACUUCUUGGAGAUCAGAAGAAGGGGAAGGUUUGUGUGUGUUUAAAUCAAAGGGACUUCCCUCCUAAAUAGGGGCCAUGGGGCCUAUGGGGGGGGAGAUGUACGCUGCACAUAUUUGCAACGCGUCUGCUCUGAAAGAGUAUGUCCGUGGGAUCGUGUGUGAAUAGCUUCAGGUGCAUCAGUGUUUAGCUACGAGCUACAGGCGGGAGAGGGGAGAAUUUAAUGACAUGGGAUCAACUUUUUAUUUAUACAGGAAAAACAAAUCCAAUUACAUUCCUUAAAUUAGCCCAGCUCUGAUGUGUCAAGCAGUUACUCUACCCAGAGUACUGGUUGUGUGUCUUUUGGCCUGUCUCUAAGAUGUGUUCCUCUCCUUUCCUGUGGUUGUUUGCACUUGCAAAGGGUCACUUAAAAAGAUGGUCUCAGAGUCAGGCCUUUUGGUUAAAGAUCAGGAUAGGCCACAUCCUCAGCUGGUUUAAAUGGUCGUAGAUCCUUUGACGUCCGUGAGCUCUAUUGAAAUCAGCGGGACUAUGAUAGUUUACACCAACUGAGGAUCUGGCGCAAUGUCCUUGGGGAUUGAGUUGCCAACUUCUUUAUCCAGACUAAAAUUGGGAUGUGGAAAAGAAAUGAGGCCAGGGCAUCUGUUUUAUUUCCACAGGGACCUAAUUCCAUAUGAUUUGCCUCUCAAAGGCCAGGUCUGGUUUUGCUAUGAUGUUUUCUCUGAAGUACAUACAGAGAGGCAGUAUGACUCCAGUUGGAUCCACGCUGCACAAGAGCCUGCCUGUGUGUGUCCAGUUGUGGGAUUGAGGACGAUAGCCAGACUUACUGCUCACUUUGGGGAGGUGGUCAUUGACUGGAUAACAGGCUGGCAACCCUAGACAUGUGCAAAUUCUGUUAAAGGGACACUAAUGCUUUAAAAAAACCCAAACCUUUUCUUUAUCUAUAUUCACAAUAUCACUUUGAAUUGUCACAAGGGAAAGAACUGAAAAUCUAGUUUGCUUUAUUAUUGCACUUCAUUCCAUUUCAACAUGUAAACUAAACUAGUCAGUUUCACUUUCUGCUUCCCCAUCACUAGCAUCAUGGUGCUGUUUGUGUUUCAGACAUAACAGAUGAAGAAUAAGUAAAAAAAACAGUUGAAAUCUCUGUAUUUCAACACUCUCUUUAUUUAGGUUUUCUAAAACUUUUUCUUUGUAAAACCUAAAUUGGAGGCCAAUUGUCCUGAUCAUGUACCUUUAAUGUAAAGGAGGUUGUUACACAGCUAAGUUCUUACUUUUGCCUAUGUGAGACAUAAAAAAUGACUCUCUAUCUAUGUAGAGAAGGGAAUCUGCACAGAUGACCUCUCUAUUCAUAACAAUCUUGUGAUCAGUACAAUGAUGCUUGUGUCACUCUGGAUUUUUCUGAGUUGCACUUAAAGAAAAGUUUUUCUUUUUCUUCCAUAGGGUGACUCUUCUCCUGCUUUAUGAUAUAUAAUGAAGGCCUGAAAGGUUCGUGAGUUGUUGGUGGUGGUUGUUGUGGUUUUUUUUUUUUUCCUGCUUGAUUUUUUGCGUGCAAGGUUCAGAUCCCCGUCUAGUCUGGAAGAGUGAUGGUAGGAGAGCUGGUGAAAUGGUGGUGUCCCACGAGAGUGAAAGUUGGACAGUUGAUAAGAGAGGAUUUCUAGUCACUAGUUCAAACUUUUUUUCUUUGUGUUAACCCCUAUUUAAUGUUAACGACUAACUUACAUUUUGGAGAAAGGGAGGUUUUGUUUAACACAGUCAAUUAUGGUAUGAGAGCUCAGACUAACAUCCCACUCGCUUCCCAGAUGUCAUCCAGCAAGACCAGGGAAACCCAAGAGCUGAAAUUCCUUAUAUUUAAAAGGUGAAGAGCAAGUGACCUUCUCCUCCUCUUUAAAAACAGGCCUUCUCUAUACAUCAUAAAGAAUCCAAAAGGAACACCAGUCUCAUUUUUUGAACAGUCCUUUGCCUUUCUUGACAAAAUUUUAAUGUUCAAAUAGUGAUUUCCCCCCUUCCCCCUCCCCCCCCCCCUCACCCCCCCACCAAUAUAUUAUUGUGUAUGAGACUUACAAUUUGGGGUUAAAAAUACAUUGCCAGUAAACAUUUUGUCAGAAGGAAAUGAAGAGCUCCGUGGCAAAUACAGGUUUGAAGCAGCCUCUCUCCCUAAGAUAUGCUGCUCUUAUUAUGGAUAUCUGUGCUCCCAGCUGUCUGCUUUGCUCCCAUUGGGUUCACACUGCGAUGUGGACCAGCAAUGUUGUUGCCAUGGUUAUUGGGCACAGAAAAGGACCUGGAAAAUGCUGCUUUAUGGCCUCCGACAAAGAUCCAUGGAAAUAUCCCUUCCUUUCUCCCAUCUCUCUUCUCCUCUUCCCCCCCCCCCCACCACCUGGUUUUUAUUUUUAAAUUUCAGCAGAAUGAUUGCACACAGUGAGCCCUGUGCGGUAUGUCAGCGCGAGGCCUUUGUGAGCUGAAGUUCUUGGUGCUGACGAACUUGCACUGCUCCAGCCUAGUGAGGAGUCAUCUUUAGUGCCUAGAGACUUCAGAAUUUUACAGGUCUGUCCUUAAAUCAGGAGCAAUUGCAUCUGCCUGAGACCUGGAAUUUCAAAGGGGGGCCCCGGCGUUACUGCAGUAACUGUCUCUAGCUGGUGACCCUGCAACCCAUCAAGUCAGAAACUCUUACGUUAACAUUUAAUAAACCCCUCCUCCUCCCCUGCCCGGCUAAGCCCUGUCCCUUUCUGGCAGGGCUGCCUGGUGCCACCCAUGAAUGCUGCAGGUGCCUCUGUUCUGAUAAUUCCAGCUGUGGAGGGGAGCGGUCAGUGUUGGUAUUGGCAGCUGUAGCCCAUUGAUUAUAGUGGAAUCAGCUGCACUGGUGUAGAUCGUGGGUAUGCUAGGGCUUGGCAGCAGUGGUUAAUAUCCCCAUGUGAACAAGGCCUUAGUGCAGCUCUAGAGACCAAACUGUAGAAGUUUCCAUUUAACAGAAGUGUGACUCCCUGUUAGUUCCGUACACCCUGCCCCACCCCCUUCACACUGGGCAUUACCAAAAGGGCCAGCACUUCCUUGCAGGUGGUGUAGAUAGGGCCAUUGGGGAACUGCAGUGCUCAAUGACUAUCUAACACCCUAUGGUCACCUUGCCAAGCCCAAGUGCAGAACCCACCCCUGUUAAGGGCCUGAGCCUGGAUUAAUAGCAGGCAGGAGUGCAGCUCCCAUCCCUGCAAAACUUUGCCUGAAGGAGGAGAGCAGGAUCAGGGUAAAGAGUUCAAAGUGAGUCCUGUAUCUUCAUUCCAGUGUCAGAUCGAGUACCAUCCUAUGACCCAGCAGGGAGCUUGCAGGCCCACAUCUCACAGGGUUUUCAGAACAUGCCCAAACCCUCUAGAAGCCAGGAAUGUUUGGUUUAUACCCAAAUCCCCUUUUCACUGGCUUCAUGAACCCAGCAAAGCAUGUGUCUGGCACCAUUGUUGUAUCAGUGUGCGCGCUACAGCUUUCAGCAGUGUGUUCUGCCUGUUGGGGAGGGAGAGGCCUGGGAAAGGGUUUGAGACCAGUACAGGGGAGGGGAGACUCUUUAAAAUGUAUUUAAUGCUGUAUGUUUAAAAGGACCUGCUCACAUCCGUGUUUCCCUGGAGAUCGUCUUCUGUCACUCCAGCAGUGGAGGACUAGAAUGCAGAAAUGCUGAUGUUUUUUUUUUUUUCCCUGCAUGGGAAAGAGGCGAUCUAUUUCCCAUGAUCCCCCUGACUUUAUUUCCUGGUGAUUCUGCUGGCAACUGCUGUUCUGGUUGGGAACUUGAUUUGAGGUUGCAACACUGGCUGGCUCAGGGGCUCAAACAGAGACACACUAGUGUGUUGAAGCUGAAUGCUCCUAAAGAGAUUACCUGUUGCAAGAGGGAGAUCAGUGUCUGUGAUAAUUAGACCUAAAAAUUGAUUCCUUGGAACAACCUCUUGAAGAUUCCAAGGGGGUGUUAAACCUCUGAUACUGGUGUUUCUGUGGAAUAUGCUUGUGCGCGGGCAUAGAAUGUCCAGCCUGUUACUUUUAUAGGACGUGCCUGCUAUUGUCCCUUUCUGAUAUGAUAUGCACUUCCAGGUCCAUGUGAGCUGCACCGUGAGUUGUCUUUAGUUUGUUUCUUUCCAACUCAGAAACAGGAAGACUAAAAUUUUCAGAAGUGACCUCUGAUUUUGGCUGCUCGGUCCUUGGGUGCCCAACCUCAGGUGCUUUGGGCCUGAGUUUUUUGGAAGAGCUGAGCACCCCAAAUUCUAAUUGAAGUCAGUGGUGUUCGGUGCCUCUGGAAAUUUGGCUCACGACAUCUCAAAGUAGGCACCUAAAAUCAGGCUACUUUUGGAAAUGUUGGUCCUAACUUUAUAACUAACAGACGUGGCUGGGAUCCUGACAGCCAAGACUUUGGCUUGGGAUCCCAUCAACAAAAGCCAGUGUUUAGACCUAGCAGUUUUGAGUAUUUCCCUUGCAGAGGUCUCAGAGUAGCUAAGAGGUGGUGUGGGAAACACAGACACAGAAAUAAUUUUAGUCUUUCAAAAUGCAGACUCACCUGGCCAGAGCUGUAAUGAGCAUCCUGCAGGCUAAGCUGACUGGUAAUUGUGACUCUCCUAGGAGAUCUGACACUGUCCUCACCAUUCGGCGUUCCUGGAGUCAGCAGGAAAAGGGUCUCCAUGGUAGGGGAAGAGGAAAAGCAUGAUGUGUGGACCAGUGCUAGUGAUUAGCAAGAUAACUUGCAUUUUGAGGUGGUGCUUUGACAUGGAUUUCUGCUCCUUUUAACUACCUUGUGGCGUAUGAUUGAGGGUGCCUGUGGCUUUUCCAAAUAGCUUUUGGGAGCGCUAGUUGCUGAUCACCUAGCUGUGUAUGCAUGCAGAGCCUCGUGCCCCAUGAUACUCUACUUCAGGUGCUUUGUUGGAACGGGGACCCAUGGAUGUCCCAAUGUCUGCCCUAAGCCUUGCAGUAGGGGCCAAGGGGUUUGGCCUAUCAGGACACAAUUACAAAAUCCAAAGGCAAACGUGAGAGCAUUGGCUCCAAAAACCUCUGUGCCAAGAUCUGUAGUCCAGGUCUAUUACCCCUUUGUUCCACUACAGUGACCUUUUGUAGGUCAUGCAGCAGUAGGAGUCUGUCAGGCUGCCUUUACCAUCCAGCUCUGCCUGUGGCUUACCCCACGAGGGCUGUCUACACUGGAGAAAUUGUCUAACCAGUUCAGCUAGACCAACUUUUUUUUUUUAUGAAAUAGUCAGGAACCAUUGCAUAGCCCUGGACUGAAGCAGUUAAGGCAGCCCGGCCCAGUUAGAAGGCCAAGUGGUCAAGGCUACUGCUCUGAUCGGGUUUUAAAACCGAUUUAGCUGUACUGACUUAAAAGCCGUUAGCAAAUCUGCCCAAUGUAGACAGGCCCUUAAUGCCAGGCGUGUAAGAUCCUUGCAGUUCAGUGAAUCAUUGAAGGCCAGAAUCCCACGACAUAUGGAAAAACAAAGCCGAGGUCACAGCAUUACAGUGGCUGAAUGCUUCAGUUUCCAUCAACUGUGGCCACUGCAACAGUCGUAGCUUCAUUGUAUACAGUUCAUCUGCGUGAUGUGCCGUGAGCAUAGGCAUCUUGAACAGAUUAGUCUUCUUUGUCAGUAGUCUUUUUAGACUAAAUGAUAGAAUCAGGUGAAGUGGUUUGUAACUGACCCGUAAGGGUGAGUGAGUGUUGUGUAGUGACUAAUCACAGGAAUGGGAGAUGGGAAUUCUGGGAUCCACCUGGCUCUGCUGCUAAUUCAAGUGCCCCAGUGAGAUGGGGAAGAAUCCUUGCCUACCUUGCAGACGUGGUGAGGCUUAAUCCAUUUGUCUCUUGAGAUCAUCGGCUGGAAGGUACUACAGAAUGCAGCUUAUGGGUAUUAUAAGAAGGGUUGACUGUUCUUCAAAUAUGAAUUGAACUGAGCAUUCAGGCCCAAUUAAAUAACAUGGAUUCAUGUGUCUUGGGGAAACCUGACUGGAUGCAAGAACAAUAAUGUGAUAGCCAGAAUGGAGCCAUGCUAAUUUUACAUCAGCUGAGGAUCUGGCCUUUACUUUGCAAUUAACAUGCACAAGGCAGAAAUAAUUUUUUUUUUUUUUUUAAAUCUGCAAUAUGUAGCCACUGCUCCGUCUGGAUGUACGGAUUGUUUGCAAUAGGUUCUCUAAGUCACCUGAUGUUCACUUGUCCUUAAUCUCGUCCAUUCCUAACUAAUCAGAUGUACAGGGUGUGAAAUCUCUUGCAUUCCUGCAAAGUUCAGAGAGAGCAGAGCAAACUGUUGACCGGCCUGCAAAUAGUGCUGAUGCUUUUGGGAACCUCAGGCUGUCUAUGGACUUUUGUAGGACGUGUGUGCUGUUGUCCCCAAUGGACUUUGUGAGGCAUGUGACACAUUACAUUUGUGUUUUGUUGUGCACUCACCAAAAAGGAGCCAUUGGCUUGAUUUUUUUUUUUUUUUUUAAGCAGCCACAUGAGUGCAGGUUAAUAACAAACUGAGGCCAUGGUACAUGGCACGUGAGCAGGAACUGGAAGAGGCACCGAGAAAAUUGGAGGUGGGGGGCAGUCAUGGGGCUUGAGUCUGCUGAUGGUAUAAGGUUUUUUUGGGGGAUGGGGAGUGGCUACAGAAGGAUUCUGAUGUUCAGUGGCACUUGGUACCUGCUGUUCCCAUUAACUCUAAGGUUGAAGGUUCAGCACUAGAGCUGGUCAGAAUGGGCUUUUUUUGCCAUGGAAAAUUGAGACUUUUUAGUCGGAGUGGGGGGGAAGGGACAAAAUACUUUGGUUUGAAAAUGUUGCCAUGGUGCCUCAUGGGAAUCAUAGUUUGAGUGCCUCGUGCUCCCAUUGUCCUGUAGAGACUGGGCUUCUUGGUAUCACUGCAUCUCCAAUGAUACACAACAGUCUCUCCUCAUGGUAAGGAGAGCUGGGUGCAUCAUAGGAGCCCUUGGCCAGGGUACAUCGUGGGAGAUGUAGUAUGGCUGAAGAGCCUGGCUCACAGAGGAGAAAGGGGACAUGAGGAAAUCAAACUACAGCUCCAUGAGGCACCAUGCCAGCAUACCCGAACUGAAAUGUUUUCUUCUUUGGAUGAAAUAGUUAGAUUUGGGGGCAUUUUAUUUUAUUUUUUACAAAAUGAUUAAAUUUUCCAUGGACACUUAGUGAAAAACUUUGUUUGUGUUUGGGGUGGGGGGUAUGGUGAUGGUGGUGGUUUGUGUUUUUAUGGAAAACUUUUGACCAGCUCUAUUCAGCCUCUCUGAAAAUGAGGCCCAUAGAAGCUGGGGGAGUCUGUGAAAACUUCUGAUUGAAAGAUGGGAGUAGUGAAUAUAAAGGCACAAGGAGAGAAGUAAAGGGGGCAUUGUGUGGAAGGGACCUGAUGGCGGUUGGUGGGGGGAAUCUGGAGGGAGUAUAUAACGUGGCACAGGGGAGCUGAAACGAGGGGAUCUGCAGAAGAGACUCUGCACAGAGAGGAGGUAUAGAAGGGACUAAAAAGACAUGACUCUGAAGAAGCCUUUGCUAUAGCAGCCAAGGGUUUGAUCCUGCCAACACUGGGGAGUGGCAAAGCUUGUGUUGAUGGGUUCAGGCUUGAGGGCCAGAUGCCCUGUGGUGUUGGUUCUGUCCUGCUCCUGGAUGUUUUGCCUAUAGUUUCUGUGGGUGCCAGAGUAGGCCCUUUAUCUACUGUCAAACAGCACAGUGCCCAGUUACCACACUGACAUGAGCUCUUCGGGCAAACAGGAAGGGAGUGGAGGCCCAAUGCUGCUUCAGUAAGCACAACUUCCACAUGAGGGGGACACAUCUAGGAAGCUCUACUUUGGUACUGAUGACCGGAGCCUGACAGGAAGCAGCAAGGGCAGGUACAAAGGCUUUCACUAAAUGGACCCCUCAAAGGAUAACCCGUCUUCCCCUGGCACGUGUGUGAGGGAAGCAGGCUGGCACAAGAGAAGGGGAUGUUUUGCUGUACAUCUCUAGGAUGGGGUGAGCUAUACUAUCAAUGUAGGUUUGUGUGCAGCGGAAGACCUUUUUCCUCAAGUUACUCAUACGCCAUAACCUAUUUGGAAUAUUUCGGGGCUCAGUGAUAGGAGGUCUCGCCCACGAGCAAGAGGGUCUGGAUUUCUAUUCAGUGUAUUGCUAGCUUACAUGGACUGUAUAUUUUGUGCUACAAUUGACUGUUGCCUAUGCUCAUCCCUCUCUGAGCCUGGAGUCCACUAUCGGAAUCCGCCACAUCACAGGAAGGAGCUGUAGGCCGUGUGUGUUGGGGGUCGGGAGGCGUCUGAGGUGUGUGUCUUGGAUUCACUUUUCUCCCUCCUACAGCUUGAUUCUCCCUGACUCAUGCUUUGGUGUGGAAGGGGCGCCGUCCUUCUCCCAUUUUCAUGGCUUUUGGGGACCAUGUUGAGCCUCAGGCGAAGGUGACUAACGUGAUACCUGGAAUGAUACCCUGGGUUCCAUGACCUUUCGGCCCUGCAGGCGUGGCCUCCACUAAGGUGACAGUAAACAUUGAGCUCCAAAGCUGCCUUUUGAGGAAUGCUGCGGGUAAACAGGGGACUCCAUCCUCCAGAGCUGUCAACCUGGCACCUGGCCCCAGAAGAAUUAACUAAACCAGACACACACUGCUUUCUGGUUCAGAGUAGAAUUGAUUUCUCUCAGAACUGGAGCAGACUCCUGUUUCCAUGGAAACAGGACUUCACUCCCUCCUACCCUACUGUAUGUGCCAUGCACUAAGCUCUUUGAGGCAAGCCUAUUUGUUUCUUAAGAAUCAGGGACCUCAACAAAAUGUCCUGUACCUCGUGUGUGAGGUUGUGCCUGAGGGACAGCAGAAGUGCUGCUGCCCUUGGUAUCUGGAGCAAAUAUUUUGAAUGAGGGUGUGCGCAGCAGGCUCGGAUAUUUGGAGUCCUCUUCCCCAAAAACCUUCAUGCUAAAUGUGCUCCAUUCUCUGACUGGCUGUCCAAGAGUCUGUAUGCUUCUGAGCUAGAGCACAAACCCUCUGGAGAGAGACUGCUCCCUCUGGACAGUUCAGUCUGUUUAAUAUCAGCCAGAGGCUGCUCUAGAGUUGCAAUUCUGGAAGGGAAGCAGCGAGUCCUGAGACUAUCAUUUAAAGGCGCAACUGCAUCACAGCCUUUUUUGGAGACUAAUAUCAGUGGGUCUUUAAUUUCUUCAGAGAAGAAAUGUUGUUCCCAUACUAUUCUGGCCCUGUCACACACUUCAUUCCUGGAUCCUACAAACACUGGAAAAUGCCAUUGAUGAAGGUACAAUUAAAGAAAACCACUGCCACACAAAGCCAGUGGUUUGCAUGUGUCCAUUUGUGUGUGGUGACCUUCCCUGAAAAGUGCUAGACAUCCCACCGUUGCUUCAGACAGUUUGGGAGGCAAGGGGUGGUCUGAUCAUUGGUCCAAGAGCUAGGAAUUUAUAAACUGUAAUCUCCGCUCUGACACUUCCCUCCCUCUGUGAUCUUGGUCAGGUCACUUAAACUUGCUGCCUCCCCUUUUUUUCCAUUGG